AUGUUCUUGUGUGUGCAGUCGUGUGUGGCAGAGACUGAAAAUUUUAUAUUGAAUGUGAGCAAAAAUCAGAUUGUAAUCAUGAGUGACUUAGGAUUUGAUCCCACUUUAAAGAAGAAAAAGAAGGCCAAAAAGCCGGAAAGCGAUGUCAGCGAGUCCCCAGCACCCGCAGGAGAAAUCGACGACAUGUUUGCAGGCUUGAAAAAGAAGAAAAAGUCGAAAAAGCCUGUUGACGAUACCACCGAAGCGUCUGCUUCACCCGCCGCCGACGAUUUGACCGAUACAUUUGGCGACCUCACGCUCAAAAAGAAGAAGAAGAAGUCAGUGAAGAGCCUGGAUGCCGCCGACUUUGACCAGCAGUUAGAAGAAGCUGGUUUAGAAGACAUCAGCCAAACCAACGACGACGACAACUCGGCUUCCACCGCAGGAGGUCCACCUUACGAGGACUUGUUGUCGAGAUUCUUCGGUAUUCUUAAGAAAAAUAACCCCGAGCUCGCCGGAAAUCGAUCAGGACCCAAGUUCAGAAUCCCACCACCAGUGUGUCAGAGAGAAGGUUCCAAGAAAACGCUUUUCGCCAAUGUCCAAGAAAUCGCCACCGUGUUGCAAAGAAACCCCGAGCACUUGAUACAGUUUUUGUUUGCGGAAUUGGGUACCAGUGGAUCUAUCGAUGGAGAAAAGAGAUUGGUGUUGAAGGGUAAGUUUCAACCCAAGCAGAUGGAGUCGGUGUUAAGACGUUACAUUCUUGAGUAUGUGACGUGUAAGACAUGUAAGUCGAUGAACACCGAAUUGAAGAGAGAGUCCGCCAACAGAUUGCAUUUCUUGAGCUGUAAAGCAUGUGGAUCCACCAGAUCGGUGUCGUCCAUCAAGACCGGUUUCCAAGCGCAAAUCGGAAAGAGAAAGAGAAUGUAA